AUGCUUUCGCUCGUUCGAGUGCAAAGGAGAGUCUCCCAAAUGAUGGCAAAGACGCAGAGCAGUUCAGCAAGACGUUUGAAGCUGGCUGCGUCCAUAAGAUCGUUCGUCGAUAGACUGUCAUUCAACGGAGUCGAACUGCGAUGUGCAGAUUUACUCACAAAGUCCACAAAAAUUCAAUUCGCUCACUUUUUGCGCGUUCUCAACAAAGAAAUGAGUACAAACCAAGGAGCCGAAACGUGCGGAAAUUACUGUAAGCAGUGCGACCUGUGUCAACGUCUCAAGUAUGCGGGAACAGUUCGACAAACCCAUUGGGACUCGAUGAGCGUAAGUGCGUGGACGACUGGAGGAAGAUGGAUUAGCAUCGAUGACCAGCAUACAGUCAAGUAUAAGAUGCGAUACUCACUACGAGAAGGACUGGCUGGCGUUGGUCUGAUGUCGUUGAACGAAGAUGAUCACAUGGGUACUUGUGGGUCCGGAGCCUUCCCAAUACUACGUUCAAUUACCGCGAAAUGUCAUUAA